AGUUAGGGACAGAAAAGAAAAAGAAAACUUGCAUUAUAUUCGCUUCGCCCCAUUAAAUGGAGUGAAGUCUCAACUUGCCGCCGGACCUUCAUUACCGCCGAUCUUUCUCGCCGGACUUCUAUUACCGCCGGUGAACUCUUUCCUUGUCUCUCUCCCUUUAGAUGUAGAGAACUCGAGGAGGACAAAGUUGUAAUUCAGGGGCUGGAAGUCCAAGUAUGGUGGUGGCAUCAGGAACUAAUAAUGCCUUCGGCAAAGAAAUGGCCAUCAGAAAACGCAUUGCCAGCAUCUUUAAUAAAAGAGAAGAGGAUUUCCCGUCAUUGCGCGAGUACAAUGAUUAUCUAGAGGAAGUGGAGGAUAUGAUAUUCAAUUUAAUUGAAGGAAUAGAUGUUCCUGCUAUUGAGGCAAAGAUUGCACAGUACCAGAGAGAAAAUGCAGAGCAAAUCAUGAUUGCUCAAGCACGUAAGGCUGAAGAAUAUGCAGCAGCCUUGGCAGCCAGCAAGGGACAGCCUACCCAGCCUGAUGGUGAUGCAGCUUUGGGCCUAGGUCCUCAGGCAGGGUCCAGUACUGGUCCACAAGGGCACUAUGCCCCUGCAGUUGCCGGAGGUAUAGCUCAGCCACGGCCCACGCAGCCUCUUCCAGUUGGAUCAAUUCCAGGGUUAGAGUAUGAAGAUGAAGAAACGAUGAAACUAAAAGCUGAGAAGGCUGCUAGAGCUGGAGGGUGGAGUCUAGAGAUAAGCAGGAAAAGGGCACUUGAAGAAGCCUUUGGAAGCCUAUGGGUCUGAAUGUAGCUAUACGUCUCCAAGACAGUCUUUCAGCUGAGUGUGACUUUCUGUGGAUGCUUGGAAAAAUUGUGGAGUAGCUAUCCAUUCCGGAUUACUCAGAGCAGAGAAUACCAUUAAUGGAGCAGCAUUCCAGUAUUCAUCAUGGCGUGUUUUUUGUUCUUAGAUGACAUCUUGUAAAAUUUUCCAAAUUCUGACUUGUCAUGGAAUGUCUUUGGUCUUUGUAAGGUUUCUUUUCCAGAGACCUCAGUUUGCUUUCUCCACAUGUUCAUUGACUUCAUGAUCUUUAAUCCGGGGAAUUUUGGUUCUCAUCUAACUAACACUGGAUUACUCUUUUAGUGAGUUUCAUUGUCAUGUUGUUUGGUUAUA